AUGAUUAUUAUUGAUCGUUUUUUACCCCCGGCAUCAGACCUCUUCCUAGAAGUAGAGGAGAUGAUAUUAGAUGCUACGGAAGAGUACCGGUUGGAGACAUGCAUUCUCGCGGCUGAAAAUACCUAUGCAGUGGUGGACUCGGAUGAGAUGGCAGGCUCGAUGACUUUGGAUAUGACCCAGGCGUUUGUUGGCGACGGAGAAGGCGAGGUAAUAGAGUUAUCGCGAGAAGACGUAGAUGUGUCGGGCUUGAGAAUCGAUGAGAUCCCACAGGAGUUCAAGAUGACUCUAUUCCUCAACAAAUGGACGGUCGAGGACCAGGAGAGGUUCGAGGAAAGGAAGAGGAAGAGGGCGGAGGAUGAGGCUGUGGCGAGAGGAGAGCAUCUAGAGCGAAUGAGAUCACUCAGUGCAAGUAGGGAAGAUGGAUCCCCGCAGAGUCGUCGUAGAGUAGAAGGGGCAUCUCCUAUGGGGAGAAGGGGCAGUGAUUGCUCUACUGCCACACUCACGAGGGAGCCCAGUACUGUGCAGAAGCCCAGGGGGGACGGGACUUCUUUGAUUCAGAGUGAGACUACUAAUGAAGGCUUUGCAACGGUGGAUAUGUUGGAGAAACUGUCGAGCAUAUUGCCGACUCCCGAGGAGGCUGAGAUGCUCCGGGCCUAUCAUGGCGACCUCACACUACUGCGGCCGAUCGAGCGGCGGCUCCUACCUUUAGCGCUGAUGAAACGGCCGCAGUUUCGAAUCAAGGCUAUGAUAACGUUCCUGACCUUCCCAGACCAGUUGAGUGGAGUAAGGAGAUCAAUAGCGGUAUUGCAGGAAGCCGCGGAUCAAGUGCGGAGCUCGAACAAACUACGUCGUCUGUUGUUCCUGGUUCUAAAAUUCGGCAAUUUUGUGAAUCACGGGUCGACGGAUUUGACCACAAGAGGGUAUACGUUGGAGUCACUACUGAAGUUGAUGGAGUUCAAGUCUACCAACGUGCCGGGGGUGACGAUGCUGCAUUACGUGGCGUGCCGCCUUAUGGAAGGGGAAAAGGGCGACCAGUUGGACCCAAUGAAGUUAGUGGAAGAACUCAGUCUGGUGGUAACGGCAACUGGGGAGAGCACUGAAGUGAUCGUAUCUACUCUUACGUCACUGGAAAGAGAUAUGCAGAUGUUCCAGAGGGAGGCUGUUCAGCAGGCCUCGCAGUACUCGGAGGAGGCCCUUGGCAGGUUGGAAUCAUUCACUCGAGAAGCGUCAGAUAAAGUGAACGGGGUGAAGGUGGAGUGGGCAGCGUGUGAGGAGGCUUUGAAGGAACUACGACGGUUUUUCGGCGAAGACCCAAGACGGUGUAGUGUGGAGGAUUUCUUUGGAACAGUGAAGGCGUUCUUGGACACCUACAAACGAGCUUGUGGUGACAUACGGAGGAACCCUAAGAAAUUUCAGCAGCUUAUAUACCUUCACGGCCAUCGCUUCAUAGCAUGGGAUGGAGAGAAGAUGCUCUGA